AUGCUCUAUAUCACACUUCUUUCCCGCGUAACCUUCUCUCCAUCUUUUCUAAUGGAGGUUUUCCGGUUUCUUUCUCUCCUCCUCCUCUUCCUCCUCCCAAUUUCUCUCUCCCUCUCCACCACUGCCGACGUUGACGGCGACACUGCCGCCUUAUCUCUAUUCCGAUCACAAACCGACACUCAUGGCAUCCUCCUCUCUAACUGGACCCUCUCUUCCAUCACUCACUCCACCGCCUGCUCCGUCCCUUGGGCAGGUGUCCAAUGCACCAACAACCGCGUCACCGGCCUCUCCCUCCCUUCCCUCAACCUCCGCGGCCCCCUCGACUCUCUCUCCUCUCUAGACCAACUCCGCAUUCUCGAUCUUCGCGACAACCGCCUUAACGGCACUGUUUUACCCCUCGUCAACUGCACAAACCUCAAACUCAUAUAUCUCUCCGGCAACGACUUAUCUGGAUCUAUUCCGACGGAAAUAUCGUCUCUCACUCGUCUUUUACGUAUAGACCUCUCGGAUAACAACCUCAUAGGUCCGAUCCCAGACGGAAUCUCGAAAUUAACUCGUCUUCUCACACUCCGCCUCGAGAACAACGAGAUUUCAGGUGAAAUCCCGCAGUCUCUCUCUUCUCUAUCUCAAAUUAAACAACUGAAUUUGUCAAACAAUGAGUUGUACGGUCAUUUGCCGGAGAAUAUUGCUCAGAAGUUCGGUGACAAGAGCUUUUCCGGCAACAAAGGACUCUGCGGAUCAAGUCCGUUGCCUGCUUGUUCAGCCGCUACACCUCCCCUGACUGUACAGUCAAACCCUAGCUCGUUACCUACUACCACGAUCAUCGAUGAGACAAAAAAGCAAACACGUAGAGGGCUACAUCCAGCAGCCAUCGUAGCGAUCGUGAUCGCAAAUUCAGUACUACUACUUGUGAUCGCUUCGUUCCUAAUUGCAUAUUACUGUGGGAAGAGAUCUGUAACCUCAAAUUCAAAAUUGGGUUCUGAGAUCGGAAAAGGCAGAAGCAGCUACGGCAGCGAAAGCAGAGUAUAUGCUAACAAUGGCGGUGGUGGAGACAGUGAUGGGAACAACAAACUGGUGUUCUUCGAUAAGAAGAAGAAGUUCGAAUUAGAGGAUUUAUUGCGAGCGUCGGCAGAGAUGCUUGGGAAAGGAAGUUUGGGGACGGUGUAUAGGGCGGUGCUUGACGACGGGUGCACGGUGGUGGCUGUGAAAAGGCUGAAAGAUGCAAAUCCUUGUGGAAGGAAGGAGUUCGAACAGUAUAUGGAUGUAAUUGGGAAGCUUAAACACCAAAAUGUAGUGAAAUUGAGAGCUUAUUACUAUGCUAAGGAAGAGAAGCUUCUUGUCUACGAUUAUCUCCCUAAUGGAAGCUUGCAUUUUCUCCUCCAUGGAAAUAGGGGUCCUGGAAGAAUUCCAUUAGAUUGGACGACAAGAAUCAGCUUGGCACUAGGGGCAGCCCGCGGGCUAGCCCGUAUCCAUGAAGAACACAAGACUUCAAGAAUCCCUCACGGAAACAUAAGAUCAUCAAACGUUCUACUCGACAAAAACGGAGUCGCUUGCAUAUCUGAUUUCGGAUUAUCAUUACUUUUAAACCCGGCCCACGCCACUGCUAGACUAGGCGGGUACAAGGCACCCGAGCAAUUCGAAACCAAAAGACUGUCUCAAAAAGCAGACGUUUACAGUUUCGGGAUUUUACUAUUAGAACUCCUAACCGGCAAAGCUCCAUCGAUAUACCCUUCGCCUUCCCGCAUCGGUGUCGAUGAAGAGGAACAAGCAGUGGAUUUACCGAAAUGGGUUCGGUCAGUGGUGCGUGAUGAGUGGACUGCUGAAGUGUUUGACCAAGAAUUAUUGAGGUACAAGAACAUUGAGGAGGAACUUGUUUCGAUGCUUCAUGUUGCCAUGACUUGUGUGGCAGCACAACCUGAAAAGCGGCCGACAAUGGUGGAAGUUGUGAAGAUGAUAGAAGAAAUAAGAGUGGAGAUGUCUCCGAUAGGGGAAGAUUACGAGGAGUCGCGUAAUUCAAUGUCACCUUCGGUUGCAACAACUGAAGACUGAUUGUUAUGAUGGUUCUUCCAUCUAGUUUAUCUGAUAAUAUUUUAUGGUCUACUUUUUCGUGUUUGGUUUGCAGCAUUUGUUAUGUGUUUGUGAUUAUUAGUAUUGUGAUGUAAUUUUAAAGUCGUAAAUUAAUUUGACGAUUCCUCGAUUAUGUUCGU